GCCACAUUUUUCUAAUAAUAGUAUUUUCACGAGAUUGAAUAAUUCUUUCUUGUAUUAACAUCUUCCUCGUAUUUUCUAUUACAGAGUAAUGAGAGUGGAUUAAUGGAGUGUCCGCUAUGUUUAGCCGAUCUACCAAUUGAAUUAUUUCCUGUUAUACAAUCUUGUCAUCAUCGUACCUGCUAUGAUUGCUUCCAACAAUAUCUUAAAAUCGAGAUUUCCGAAUCAAGAGUUAAUAUAGCUUGUCCUGUAUGUUCAGAACCUCUCCAUCCUAACGAUAUUCGAAUGAUACUAAAUGAUUCAGCACAGUUAGAGAAAUAUGAAGAUUUUAUGGUACGAAGAGUUCUUGCCGUUGAACCCGACGCAAGAUGGUGUCCAGCGCCUGAUUGCAGUUUUGCUGUAAUCGCAAGCGGUUGUGCAUCGUGUCCAAAAUUACGAUGCGAAAGACCCGGUUGCGAUUCAUACUUUUGUUAUCAUUGUAAAGCUCGAUGGCAUCCUAAUCAAACAUGCGAUGCAGCUAGAGCUCAGCGUUCGCAAUAUUACGAGCGAAGUUCUUCGCUUAGUUUUAGUCAAAGUGAUUCACAGCACAGAGAUGAUAUUAAACCAUGUCCACGAUGUCAAGCUCUCAUCGUUAAAAUGGACGAUGGAACUUGUAAUCAUAUGACAUGUGCCGUUUGUGGAGCCGAAUUUUGUUGGCUUUGCAUGAAAGAAAUCAGUGAUCUUCAUUAUCUUAGUCCUUCUGGCUGUACUUUUUGGGGUAAAAAGCCAUGGUCCAGAAAGAAGAAGAUACUUUGGCAGCUAGGAACUCUCGUUGGUGCUCCUGUUGGAAUUGCUUUGGUCGCUGGUAUAGCAGUACCUGCAAUGAUUAUUGGUAUACCGGUAUGGGUUGGAAGAAAAUUAUACACAAGAUAUAAGAAAGCCAACAAGCACAAGAGAAAUGCUUUUAUUGCAGGUGGUGUUACUGCAUCGGUAAGUCGGCAAAAAUGUCUUAUCUAUUUAUAUAUUUAUGUAUUAUUCUUUUCUCAGAAUUUUCUUUUUGUUUUCGUUUUUUUUUUAUUUUUUUUUUAUCACUACCUUGACCUUUUAUUGUAAUUUUAAUUUGACACAUAUUUCUAUGAUCGAAGACAUAUGGUCUAUUAUACGCAUGUAUUAAAGACGCUUGAUAUUUGUUUUCAUGACAACAUCGAAGUAUAAUAUUUUAUUUAUAUUUAAACAAAAUUUACUUGCUUUUUUUU